AGCCUACCAUUGCACUGUUUUUCGAGCUUUUUCCUAAUUCGGAUCGGACACAGAGCUAAGUCUAGGACCGUACUGUAAGUCCAAUCGAACAGCCCUACCCAAAAAUCUACCCUGGGUAAAUUCCAAUUCAUAUUAAAUUGACAAUGAGAUCUGACUCAAAAACAAAUCAGGAAUAGAAUCGGAGCAUGUUCUCUUUUCCUAAAAAAAAGAACAAAAAAAAAAUCAGGUCACCACACUGGACCUAACUCAACCCACUUGCAACCCAGACCCAUGUGGUCCAAGUGGGGUGGCAAAACAAAAAGUCAACCACUGAUCAUAGAUUCAGUGUGCACAUAAGAAAAGGAAAAGUUUGGGUAAUUUAUGAUUUUUCCCAUGGCUAGUAAUUUAUUUACCAGCAAGGGACCCUCCCCAAUAAAUUCCCUUUCCCGGUUUCAGCUCUGGGGUCCUACCUUUCUGUCCUUUUAUUUCAAGCACCAAAGUCAACAGAAGCAUGCUCUCUGUCUCUCUCUCUGUCUCUCUCUAAUUCUUUUACUUUUUUACUUUUUUUUCCUCUCAAUUUAUAGUAAAUAAAUAAUUUCUUUCCUCCUUUGCUCUUUUAUGAUUCCUUAAGCAGUUGCCCACACGAUUCCUCCUCGUACCCAAUUCAUCUCCCUUGCUUGCUUCCAGCACACAAAACCCAGAAAGAGAGAGAGAGAGAGAGAGAGAGAGAGAGAGAGGGAGGGAGGGAGUCCAGGGGAAAUAUACAUUAAAACAUUUAGAGAGAGAGAGAGAGAGAGAGAGAGAGAGAAAAGAGGAGUCUUUUCUUGAUUUUUCCUCCUCCGUAGCCCGUUGACUAGUUCGGUAGUGGAUUUCUCUGAAUAAAGACGAGGAUUUGGUGGGGGUGCGUUUGGAUCAAAAUCGCAUAUUGGUGGCGAUUGGAUUAAGGAGUAGAUGCUUAUUAAUUGAAGAGGGGAGAGGAAUUGGGGAUUCUUUUUUAUAUGGAUAAGUUAUGCUGCUUCAGGGCUGGAUGCUCUCAGUCGGCAGGACAUUCUUCAUCAAAUGCUGGUAAAGGAAAAAGCAACCAAGGUAACGUGAGGGUUACCUAUGGCUAUAGCCUUGUAAAAGGAAAGGCUAAUCAUCCUAUGGAGGAUUUUCAUGUUGCCAAAUUCGUCCAGGUUAAGGGGCAUGAGCUUGGCCUAUUUGCUAUUUUCGAUGGCCAUUUGGGGGAUAGCGUACCUGCAUACUUACAGAAGCAUUUAUUUGCUAAUAUUCUAAAAGAGGAAGAAUUUUGGACCCAUCCUGAUAGAGCCCUUUCAAAAGCGUACGACAGGACUGACAAGGCAAUUCUUUCUCACAAUCCUGAUCUGGGACGAGGUGGAUCCACUGCAGUAACUGCCAUUCUUAUAAAUGGCAGGAAGUUGUGGAUAGCAAAUGUUGGUGACUCACGAGCAGUGGUAGCAAAAGGUGGGGAGGCAAUACAAUUGACGGUUGAUCAUGAGCCAAGCACAGAACGAGGCAGUAUAGAGAAUAGAGGCGGCUUCGUUUCAAAUAUGCCAGGAGAUGUUCCAAGAGUUAAUGGUCAAUUAGCUGUUUCCCGUGCCUUUGGAGAUAAGAGCCUCAAAUCUCAUUUACGUUCAGAUCCUGACAUUACUGUACAAGAUAUAUUUUCCGAUACUGAACUCCUCAUCAUUGCAAGCGAUGGUCUUUGGAAGGUUAUGACCAACCAAGAGGCAGUUGACCUUGCUGUAAAGAUCAAGGACCCUCAAGCGGCAGCUAAGCAGUUGACGACUGAAGCAGUUAACCGAGAGAGUAAAGAUGACAUAUCAUGUGUUGUUGUACGACUGAAGGCAUAAACGUGCAUGACUGGACUUCAUUAAUGGACCUCCUCAGAGAAUCGAUUUUAGACUCGUAUGUUAUAUAGCUUCGGCUUCCAAAUAGUUGGACAACGAAAAUAGUUGUCAUGGUCUCCUCAUUGCUUUCACUUGUAAAUGUUUCUCUUGAUAUUGUUUGAUUCCUUUGUAGUGUCUUAGUUAAUAUGAGCUUACCUUGUUUCAAGUUCCUUCGUGGUUGAAAUUUAUAUCCAGUGAUAGGCAGUGAAUUUACUUAAUGAUUAGCAAAAGUUUUAUGUUUUAAGA